AAGCGUCCUUUUCUGUUCCCAGAGAAACUUGGUCAGUCCAUAGUCAAUUUUUAACACCUUUACUUCCUUCUUUCGUAAAAACCGUCUUCUUUAUCCUUAAAUACUCUUUACCGACUCCUCUCUGUCUUAGUUGCGAUCCUUAAUCUUAAUCAAUCAUUGCGAACAUCCUAGGAACGAAGACCAAACUCUGAUCCUCAUGUUUGUGUCGAGAGCGUAGUAGAUUGAUUGAUCAACUACUUCAAUCCGUCUGAAAAUCCACAGAUCAUUAUGCAGUCCGAAUACGAGAUUAGUACUCUGUACCAAGAAGCUCAUACUCGUUGGUUGAAACCCCCUGAGGUGCACUUCAUUUUGCAGAAUCAUGAACGCUAUCAGCUAGCACAUACGCCACCUCAAAACCCUACCAGUGGGUCUUUGUAUCUUUUCAAUAGAAGGGUUCUUAAGUUCUUCCGUAAAGAUGGUCAUCAAUGGCGCAGAAAGAAGGAUGGUAGAGCUAUUGCUGAAGCACACGAACGCCUUAAGGUGGGUAACGUCGAGGCUUUGAGUUGUUAUUAUGUGCAUGGAGAGCAUGACCCUACUUUCCAGAGACGUAUCUACUGGAUGCUAGAUCCGGAGUACGACCAUAUUGUCCUUGUUCAUUACAGGGACAUAAGUGACGGAAAAGAGGGAAGACAAAGUAGUGGAACUGUUUUGCAGUUCUCACAGAAUGCUUCCACUCUCUUUUCAAGUCCAAGCUCCAUUGGGACUCAGAAUGCAAGAUACAAUCACUACAUUGGUGACUCUACUGAUCUACUUCAGCAGCAUUCAUCUACUUCUCCGGAGGUUAACUCUGAAGCUGUCUUUAACAGUAACGGAGUUGAGACCCCUCAAGGCAGUGGAAGCUCUUAUGAGUUUGAAAACAGGCAGGCUAUAAAGAGGCUUGAGGAACAGCUGAGUCUCGGUGAUGACAUUGUUAGUACUGUUGAUCCACUCUACGCUCAAAACGAAAGUUUGGAUAGUCUCCAGUUUCUUGCUCAGCCAGGGACUGUGUAUCAGAGACCAGAGAAUAACAAACUAGAAAGGUGUUAUGGAGGGUAUGUUGGAGCCCAAUAUAAUGUAGAUCCACUCUACAGUCAAAAUGAAAGUUUGGAUAGUCUCUUAUCUUUGGACUGUACUGAGGACAUCAAUCACCAUGCUCAACCAGCAAGUGGACAUCAGAGACCAGAGAAUAAUAGAUUAGAGAGAAGUUACGGAGGGUAUAUUGGAGCCGACUAUCAUCCUAACAAUCUCACCCUCGCAAAGAAUGAUACAGGUGGUAAUGGAGGGAGUGGAGAUCAAGAGUCUGAAUCUUGGAAAGAUGUGCUGGAGGCAUGUGAGGCUUCUGUAGCUCUUAACUCUGAGGGAAGCACACCAAGUUCGGUGAAAGGAUUACUACCUGGGAUGCAGGAAGAUUCUAACUGGAGUUACAGCAACCAGGCUGACCAAGGUACAUUGUUGUUGCCUCAAGAACUUGGUUCUUUCGAACAUCCUGGUUGUUAUCCUGAGCUAGGAGCUCCAGAGAAUAAUGCCGAGUACAGUAGAGUAAUGGAUGAUGAAGGGAUUAACAGGAUGCCUCUCCAGCAAGAAAUGAGACCGGCGGUUUCACAUAAGCAAGAGUUUACUAUCCAGGACGUUUCACCAGAGUGGGGUUACGCCAAUGAAACUACAAAGGUGAUAAUCAUUGGAUCAUUUCUCUGUGAUCCAACUGAAUCAACAUGGUCUUGCAUGUUUGGAAGCGUUGAAGUUCCUUUUGAGAUCAUUAAGGAAGGUGUCAUACGCUGCGAAGCCCCUCCAUGUGGCCCUGGGAAAGUGAACUUACGCAUUACUUCUGGAGAUGGACUCUCUUGUAGUCAAAUAAAAGAAUUCGAGUAUCGUGACAAGCCUGACACAUCUUGCUCUAGGUGCAGUCGAGAUGAGCUUUUCUUACUUGUAAGGUUUGUGCAAACUCUUCUAUCAGAUAAGAAAAGUAACAUAGAACCGGGCAGUGAUAAGUUGAAGAAAAUCAAAGCUGAUGAUGAUGAUGAGGAAUGGAGCCAUAUCAUUGACACGAUUCUAGAUGACACUGCAACACCAUCAAGUACAGUUGAUUGGCUUCUACAAAAACUGCUUAAAGAUAAACUGGAUGCGUGGCUGUCUUCGAGAUCACAAGAUGAAGAUCAAACAUCUUGUUCUUUGUCAAAGCAAGAACAAGGCAUUAUUCAUAUGGUUGCAGGCCUUGGAUUCGAUUGGGCACUUCAUCCAAUUCUUAGUCUUGGAGUCAGUGUGGAUUUUCGUGAUAGUAACGGAUGGAGCGCUCUUCAUUGGGCUGCGCGCUAUGGGAGAGAAAAAAUGGUGGCUGCCCUUAUAGCUUCAAGGGCAUCAGCUGGAGCAGUGACUGAUCCCAACGCGCAAGACCCUGCUGGUAAAACCGCAGCUUCCAUAGCUGCCGCUAACGGCCACAAGGGUCUCGCCGGUUAUUUAUCCGAGGUGGCGCUAACAAACCAUCUCUCCUCGCUCACACUCGAGGAAACAGAACACUCUCUAGGCUCAGCUCAAAUGCAAGCUGAGAUGAUCGUGAAUUCCAUCUCAGGAAGAAGUCCUCCCGGUAAUGACGAUCCACAUUCACGGGCAGCGUUGAGAAACGUAGCUCAAGCAGCUGCGAGAAUCCAGGCAGCGUUUCGUGCGCAUUCGUUCAGAAAGCGACAAGAGAGAGAAGCAGCUAUGGCUGCUUGCUAUCAGGAGUACGGGAUCUACGCAGAUAUCGAAGGGAUCGCAGCCAUGUCGAAGCUAGCGUUUGGAAAUGUGAAGAACUACAACUCAGCAGCUUUGUCUAUCCAGAAGAAGUACCGUGGCUAUAAAGGUCGAAAAGAGUUUCUUGCCAAGCGCCAGAAAGUUGUGAAGAUACAGGCUUAUGUUAGAGGUUACCAAGUAAGGAAGCAUUACAAGGUUAUCUGCUGGGCAGUAGGAAUUCUAGAUAAGGUUGUACUGAGGUGGAGAAGAAAAGGUGUUGGCCUUAAAGGGUUUAGGCAAGAUGUAGAGAGUAGAGAGGAGGAGAGUGAAGAUGAAGACAUUCUCAAAGUGUUCCGCAAGGAGAAAGUAGACGGAGCAGUGAACGAGGCUUUCUCUCGUGUUCUAUCGAUGACUAAUUCUCCGGACGCUCGCCAGCAAUACCAGCGCGUGCUCAAGAGAUAUUGUCAGACAAAGGCUGAGCUUGGGAAAACAGAGACAUUAGGAACAUACGGUGGUGAUGAGGAUGAUAAUGUGUUGCUGGACAUAGCGGAUAUGCAAUAUGAGAAUUUGCGUACACUGCCUUGAGAGGGAAAGAGACAGGCAGCUAGAUAAAAAAACUGUGGAUUUAGAGGUAUUAAAUAAUAAUAAUAAUAAUAGUCUGUAGAUUUAUGAAGUUUCAAGAGUGAAAGUAGUUUUGUAGAGUGUUGCACUGAAGAAGAAGAAAACAAGUGGGAAAAGCUGUUAUUAGUUGCGAGUGUUUGUAAAUGAUCUCUCUCUCUCUCUCUCGCGGCUAACUUAUAAAAGCUUUUUUUUAACAACUA